AUGCCGAGCGUGUUCUCCUACCAGAGCGCCGAGGUCGACUGGUGCGAAGGCAACUUCGAGCGCUCGGCGCUCAUCGCCGAGUACUACAACACUAUCAGCAAUGUGAGCUUCUUUGUCCUUUCUCCUGCCCUGCUCUACCUGAACCGGCAGUACCGCCAGCAGCGCCCCGUGCCCUUGUACUUUGUCUCUGGCCUGCUCUUCGGUGUAGGUGUCUUCUCCAUGUACUUUCACAUGACCCUGAGCUAUGUGGGACAACUCCUGGACGAGCUCUCCAUCCUCUGGGCGUUGGCUGUGGCAUAUUCCUUUUGGUACCCACACGUUUACUUCCCCAGGUUCAUCAAGAGCAGGAAACAUUUCUUCUGUCUGACUGGUGCCAUCACUGUGAUCAGUACCUUGAUGUCCUUUGUCAAACCAGCCUUCAAUGCCUACGUGCUCAACUGCAUCGCCUUCCACCUGCUGUACCUGACCUGGCGUGAGCUGAAAAAGUGCAGUGACAGGCGGGUUCACCAGAUGGCCGCAGCCAUGGUCCUGUGGUGGGUACUGGCCAUCAGCAGCUGGAUCAGUGACCGGUGGCUCUGUGGGUUCUGGCAGGCAGUCAACUUCCCCUACCUGCACAGCUUCUGGCAUGUGCUGAUAGCCAUGUCCCUCCUCUACUGCUGCCCACUGGUCAUCUACUUCGACGUCACCUACGAGCUGCCGUCGUUCAAGCCCAAGAUGGAAUACUGGCCCAGUGACUCCUGGCCUGUCGUGGUGCCUUAUGUUGCCCUGGAGGAACGCCACAAGCAGUGCUAG